UUUCCCCUUCCCAGCUGGUAACAGAUGCGGCGCUAUUCUAAAAAAAAAAAAAACAGAUGCGGGCAUGCGGCGCUCUGCUCCCCGGCGAUUCCCUGCGCCGCCCGCGCCCGUGCGUCCCGGGCAAGCUGCAGCGCCUCCUCCCCCCGGCCCCGCGAUUCCCUGCGCCUCCGCCGUCCGUGCCUCCCCCACCAGCGCCACCCGCGUCCGUGCCGCCCGGGCGAUCUCUGCAGCGCCUCCUCCCCCCGGCCCCCGCGAUUCCCUGCGCCGCCGGCGUCCGUGCUGCCCCGGCGAGCUGCAAAGCCUGCUCCGGCCGGCGACUAUCUGGCUCGGGAUCCGUCCGUCGUUCCUCCCGUCGCCGUCGAUCCUCCUCCGACCUGCCUUCCAAUCAGUCUCUUCGACGCCCGCGAGGUGCUGCAUCACCAUCUGUCCGUGCUGCAGAAGGAGGGAAGGCAAGGCAAGGCAAGGAAGCCUCUCUCUGGCUCGGAGGAAGAGCUCCUGAGGCCUCAAGGUGCACGCAGGGAGAAGCUUGAUGGCCUUGUGCACUGCUGCAGCUAUGUUGCGGGUGUGUGCUUCGCCAACACGUGGAGCCCUAGACUCCGCUGCUGGCCACAUGAUUUCUUUGCGUCCUCAGCACUUCAUCUGGAUCUGUGCUCUGCUGCUUCAUCGUUCCUUUAUGUCAUAGGCUGUUUCCCCUCUCAGCCAACAUUUCAGAUGCUCAUUCUGCAACCUGGACACCUACAUGAAAGGUGAGGGAGGGAGCUACCUUAUCACCGACUUGUUGGCUGAGGGAUAUGCGAGGUGUUUUAUCCAAGAUAUGCACAUGUUCAAUGGUUGCAGGAGCCAGUCGUCAUGGAAUCAGACUGCGGGGCGGCCAUCCAAUAUUUGAAGGAGGUGAAGGUCUUGAAGCUUGCAUGUCUCUCCAUUUAGGAUGCUUCUCAUGCGGCUAAUAGAUUGCCAGGUUUUGAGUUGUAUCAUGUAAACAGAGAGGAAUUCAGUAUCCGAUGAUCUUGCACAAAUGUCUAAGUGCCUGAACCACAGUGCUGUGUGGCGAGGCUGUUAUCCUGCCUGUAUCAAGCAGUCGGUUGCUUUUGAUUGUAACAUUUCCAUGAGUAAUCAAUAAAAUCUCUCUUUACCUGGUAAA